AUGUUUCUUCCAUCAAAUAUGGCAUCUCGACAACAGUCAAAGUUUUUGCCAUGCCGUCAAGACAACGGCACAUUGUACGGAUAUGUGCAGAAGCUUCGUGUCAGUAUGGCAAGUGGACCACUGCUACAGGCAGUGAUGGUCACCGUGUUUAUGGAGGGACUAACCUAUGGUCAUCCAAAGUUUGAAGUCUUUCACCAGAGCCCGACGACUCUGGAAGAUGCAAUUAUGGUUGCAUUGCGUGAGGACUAUUGUCAGCGUCAUGCAUGUGAUCAAUCGGUCAACCCGAUGGAAACAGUGACUGCUGCUACCGGAGUUCCGGAAUUGAUGGAGCUUAGCGCGGUGACUGUUUGUAGGCAGCAAGUUUGCUGUUAUGGAUGUCAACAAUUCGCUUCCAUCCGCUAUGGUUGUCACAAAUUUAUCAAUACGGCUGUUAUUGUAAUGGUCUCGAAUCACGUGGUACCAAUACCACGAGAACGUCAAACCCAAUAG